AUGCUUCUCGACGAGGAUCCUGCGACGCUCAUCCACCACACAAUCAGUAACUUCAACAUACAACCCGACAAGCUCGCCGUCGCCCGCAUAAAUGACUCGCUUUCAACUCUCCAACAAGCGCGAGAUCUACGAGCUCGAGAAGCAGAAAGCGCCCUAAAAAAGCUCUCUAGAACCCUCAACAGCCUCAACAACCACCACCGCGAAACCAUAACCUCACACACCGCGCGGGACCAUGCCAGCGAGAUUGCCACCCUCGACACGCAAAAAUUCCGUAUCGCGAAAUCCGCCUCAGACCUAGAAAUCGAAUCCGAGCGUCUAGCCUCGCAGCUCGCCGACAUGCAGGCGCGCUUGCAAGAGCUAGACCUGCAAGGCAAUGAGGGAGGCGAUGAUGUGCGGAGGAGCCUGGUGCAGGACGAGAUUAGUCUGAAGCUGCGGGUUUUUAGAGGGUUGGGUAUUGAUAUUGAGAGGGAUAAGAGUGUUGAAGGUGCUGGGUAUAAUAAGGUUAUUGUGAGAAAUGGGAAGAAGGGCGAUGUGCAUGUUGUGCAUUUGGAUGGGAAGUUUUCGAGGUUCUUCUAUGCGAAUUAUUUUUGGAAUACGGUUUAA